AUGACUUCGAGUUUGCGAGCUACGCCAAUCCCAGAGAAGAGGGACUAUCACUUUCAAGCAACAGACAAACAGUACAAGCGACAGUUCGCGAGACGGGGUAUGCGCAAAAACUUCAAUUCCAGAGAAAUGAAAGCUAUUCUCAACGAUCCCAUGGACAGCUCCGUAAUUCGAGGUGUCCAAGUUCCCAAAGCGAAGAUCAACCGAUUCGUCCGCAGACAACGCCUGAAACGACCGAAAGAUAAAACUCAGGCUCAUCUUGGAAAAGAAACCGUCCCUGCCACUGAGCUAGAAGUAGCAAUACCCGAAGAUCUUUCUUCACAUUCACCUCCUUUGCCUCAUGGAGAAAUAUUCAGUGCACCAAGGGACUGCAAAUUGAUGCUCAAAACGUUAAUCAGGACCACAUUGUCCUUUCCGAUGGCCUGA